ACCUGCGUUAUCUGCUGCCAGUCACUUAAUCUGGCUAAAGAUGAGGCUCUAUUUUGUUCUGGUCGCUGCCAGCAGUGGCUGCACCGUUAUUGUGCGAGCGUGAGCGUGAAUGCUUACCAGUCAAUCAAAGCUGAUGACAGUUCGUUCUCCUGCUACGACUGCUACCGACGGAGUAAGGAUGAGCAGCUUUUGUUACUGGAGCAGUCAGUCCUUGAUUUAAAAGCCGAACUUGCUCAGCUACAAUCUACCCCGUUGGUGACUGGUCCAGAGGCUACUCACGCCGCUGCAGACCCUUCCCGGAUGGCUGAACGCAGCUACGCUUCUGCCACUUCCACUGUGGAUGUGGCCAUGCUCUAUUCUCCAACUCCUACCAUCUUAACAAAUCUCAGCUAUCGUUCAAAUCGGUGCAUAAUGACCUUGGUGUCGUCUUGUCUUCCGAUCUCAGAUGGUCUGACCAUUAUGAAUAUAUCAUGGCCAAGUCAUACAGAGUUCUUGGUUUACUUCGAAGAGUGUUUUCCUCUGUUCAAUGCCCCCGGGCUAAAAGGGUUCUCUACAUAACUUUGGUUCGUUCUAAGCUGCUUUACUGCUCUCCCAUCUGGCGUCCUCACCUUCUGAGAGAUAUUAAAGCUCUUGAGAAUGUCCAAAGACGAGCCACUAAAUUCAUUCUUAACAACUAUGUUUCUAACUAUC